GAAUACCUGCCUCCUCGCUCGGGUCAACCGCCAAAGGUCGACUUUGCGAAACGCGGAAACGUCUCGCGAGCGUCGAAGGAUCGACGAAAUCGACGUAGUUGACGCACGGCGAUUUAAUUGCCCAAGGAUAAAAAUAUAACGUGUAAAUCGCCCGUUAUUUGCUAUGGGUUGUCCCUCCAACCAAAGUUCCGGCCGUUCAGAUAAUGACAGCCGUACGUGUUCAUGUCGAAGACUGCUGUACUAUACGCCACUGUCGAAAUAUUCCAGCCCGGUGCGUGACACUAAAUCACCCGCCAACCGACGCGAGACACGCAAUCCUUCACACAUACACCGAAGGAGAACACACAUACACAGAAGGUAGAACAAGCGUAGGCACUCUGCCUGCGACGUGAUAUGUGUUGGUCUCUGUUCGCUCGCGAACGUAAGUGAAAGUACAUAUGUAUAGGCGUCCUCAUAUAAACGGGAUUUUCGCGAGGCCAAUGCAGUUUCAAACGACGGCUGUUAGUGACGAGGGAUAACAAAAUACAGUUGAUCGACGCUAAAUCGUCGCACGUGCUCAUCGCCGAAUUCGUGACGACUUACUCUUUUCGGGGUUCUCUGAAAAUCUGAAGAGAAUUCCGCAUUAGGACGAAUUUCGGUCGCUUUUUCGGAUCUUCUCUUUUGGAUGCCGUCGUCGGAUGACGGAGAGACAAUGUGGUUUAUAAUAAUUUGCCUGGUAAUAAUAUUCACGAUUCUACAGAGCUGGCAGCGACCAUCGAAAUUUCCUCCAGGACCGCACGGUCUGCCGCUCGUGGGAAACAUAUUCGACGUGAAACGUCUGGUGAACGAGACGAAGUAUUAUUCCCACGUUUGGUGCCGCCUAGCCGACAUCUACGGGCCUAUUGUCGGCUUGAAACUCGGCACAGACGAACCUCUGAUCAUCGUUUCCGGCAGGGAUGCCGUGGUCGAGAUGUUGAAUCGAGCCGAGUUCGACGGCAGGCCCACCGGAUUCGCUUUCCGCCACCGGACAGGUGGUGUGCGAAGGGGUGUGAUAUUCACCGACGGCGAAGUUUGGCGCGCACAAAGAAGAUUUACUCUGAAGACGCUGAAAGAAUUCGGCUUCGGGAAGGUCAGCAUGGAGAACGUAAUACUGAGCGACGCGGUUGCCUUAACUACCGCGAUAGAGUCGCUGGCUGCGUCGGGACCCAUUAAAAACUUGCACAACGUCACGUCUGUGGCUGUCCUCAAUAGCUUAUGGACGCUAGUCGCUGGCUCGAGAUACGAGCUAGAGAACCCGAAACUAAAGGAGACUUUGUCCAUAACAAACGAUAUUGUGAGAAGCACCAACGUCACCGGCGGUAUACUGACGCAUUUGCCAAUCCUGAGGCACGUCGUUCCAGGAUUGAUAGGAUUCACCCUCCUGAAUCAGAGACUGGCGCGAGUGUGGCAAUUUUUCAAGGGCGAGGUAGCUAGGCACAAGCAAACUAGAAUGCACGGCGAGUUCCGAGACUUUAUCGAUGUUUACCUGACGGAAAUGAACACCGAGCAAUCAAAGCCGACUGUGUCGUAUUUCGACGAGGAACAAUUAAUUAGCGUGGUGAGAGACCUCUUCUCCGCCGGGGUGGAAACGACCAAGAACACAAUUGGCUUCGUAAUAACGUAUCUCGCGGUGAGGCAGGACGUUCAAGGAAAAGUGCACGAGGAAAUCGAGAGAAUACUGGGCAGAGAGAUUUUGCCUUGCUUGGCGCACAGAAAUCGGCUACCGUAUCUGAACGCGACGAUCGCCGAGGUAUCGAGACUGGCGAAUAUCGGUCCUACUACGAUCCCUCAUCGAGCGACGGCGAACACGACUUUACUCGGUUAUGAGAUAAAAAAAGGUUACAACUUGUUGGCAAAUCUUAGAAGCGUCCAUAUGGACGAGAAGCACUGGGGCGAUCCGAAGGAGUUUCGGCCUGAGAGAUUUCUCAACAAGCAGGGCGAAUACGCGGAGGAUCCUUGGUUGAUACCGUUCGGCUUGGGUCGCAGAAAGUGCUUGGGCGAGACUCUGGCGAGGAGCAGCGUGUUCGUGUUCGUUGCGUGUCUGUUGCAGAAAUUUCAGUUCGUGUUACCACCAGGACAUCCGGAUCCUGUUUUAAACGGCAUCGACGGCUUCACAGUCGCGCCGCCCGAGAUCAACGUCGUCGCUAUUAAAUAUACGUAAGUUUGUUGACGCGUUAACCGAGAGCGUUAAUCGAGCGAGUGAGUUUUGCGCAAAGGGAAUAAAUUGUGGCUUACUUGAGAAAUGUAUGUUGAUAAUUUAUAUAUCAGGUUGGCGCAAAAAUAAUUGCGGUUUUUGUCAUUUUAAGUUUGGCAUCGAUUUUUCUAGAAUUACGUAGCUUUAUCGUUAUCCUUUCCAGAAUUCUAUUUUAUAGGAAUAAACAAAGUUGUUUCCCGUUGGGAGAGAUGUGUGCAGGCCAAUGGUCUUUAUUUUGAUUAAUAAAUAAUCUAAUUUUAUUAAAUUUUAUUAAAUAUAUUUUCCAACUGAUGAAUAAAUAUAAUUUUUAACUGAUAUAUGCGUCUUUAUCUCUCGAUAUAGUAAGAACCGCAAUUAUCCCUGCACCAAUCUAAUAUUAUACGAGAGAAAACCUGAAUCCUGAAACGAGAGAAACCUGAUGAAUGGCUGCUAAUUGACCGUUGAAAAUUAUCUGCGGCCAGAGAGAAACAUGUUAAAACAAAGCAUAUUAUAAUUAAACUGUAUUAGAAACAAGUAAAAUAUAGAGAGGCGAGAAGAGCCAGCGUUGUCGAUCGAGCGAAAUU